CGAUUCCCUGCCUAUAAAUACAGGUAGCCUACUACCUCAAUGCCACUCCCAGCCAGGAACAGUACCAUAGUUACAGUUACAAGCUCAGCUGGUCAGGGCAUUGUGAAUGGUGCUUAUAAGAUAGAAACCUCUUCAAAAGAAACAAAAAAAAAAACUGGCAACCAUGAGCACUUUCACUCCAGAGGACUUUGGCUUCACCUUCCUGAAGGAUGGGACUUCUGUCCAGGACUUAAUCGAUCAGAGGAUCAAGGCGUUGUCUGCAUCGGAUGCCAAGGAUGCCUUCUACGUGGCGGACCUGGGGGAGGUGGUGAGGAGGUACCUGUUGUGGGUACGUGAGAUACCUCGAGUCACGCCCUUCUACGCCGUCAAAUGCAACGAAAGCCGCCCCAUUGUCAUGACGCUUGCUGCUCUGGGGACGGGGUUCGACUGCGCCAGCAAGUAUGAGAUGCAUCUCAUAACGUCUCUCGGGGUGGACCCCAGCAGGAUCAUCUAUGCCAACACCAUCAAGCAGCCCUCGCACCUCAAAUACGCUGUUGCCCAUGGGAUCCAGAAGAUGACCUUCGACAACGAGGCAGAGCUUAUUAAGAUCUCCCAAUGCUGUGAAAAUGCCAAGCUGGUCCUCCGCAUUGCCGUGGAUGACUCGGGUUCCAUGAUGCCAAUGACCAAAAAGUUUGGGGCGAAGCUGGAGAGAUGCCCGGCGCUCCUGAAGCAAGCAAAGAAGCUGGGGCUGGACGUCAUCGGGGUCAGCUUCCACGUGGGCGGCUACUGCAUGACCCCAGUGGCCUACACGAAGGCCAUCACAAAUGCCCGUAACGUCUUUGACCUGGCGGCAAAGAUUGGCUACAAAAUGACCCUUCUGGACCUUGGUGGAGGAUACCCUGGGUUUAGCCUUCCCAAUAUUUCUCUAUUUAGGGAGAUGGCGGUUGACAUAAACAAAGUACUGGACAAGUACUUCCCCGUCAGCACCGGAGUCCAAAUAAUCAGCGAGCCGGGUCGCUUCUUCCCAUCGUCAGCCUACACGCUGGCUGUCAAUAUCAUCGGUAAGAGGGUGGACAUGGAGAAGUCGGCGGACGAUGGCAAAGAAGACGGGGCCAACAGAAAGACUAUUAGUUACUAUGUGAAUGACGGCAUCCACACUUCAUUUGGACUCGUCGUUUUCCCCUUUGCCUAUGUCCUGCCAAGUACACACAAGAGAAGCAAGCCAGGUGAGCGCUUCUACCCCAGCACCAUCUACGGACAGACCUGUGAUGGGCACGACCAGAUUGUGGAAGAUUACAGCCUGCCAGAGGCACAGGAGGGUGAAUGGAUGUUGUUCUACCACAUGGGAGCCUACACUGUCAGCACCAUGACCAACUUCAAUGGCUUCCCAAAGCCUGAAACCCAAUUUGUGAUGACCCGGAAAGCAUGGCAACGCCUUCUGCAGAUUGCUGCUGCUAAGGGGGACCAAGCCCUUCUUCAACAGCCCAGUCCCCAUGAUGAGCCGGAUGCCUGCUGCCCUGUGAAACCUGGCCUCGCCCGCAAGCACAACCUGACAGGGAAGGAGGGGAAAUGAUUUGUUUUGGGAGGGUGAGAGGCAAAAGUGGGCAUGUUGAUCCUUUCCUCGAUGGUGUAGGGUGUGAACUUUCUUUUUUUAUGAAUUGGAGCAAUACUUAUAGACAAUGUCGAAAUCAAAAACAAAGCAUAUGAUCAUGAGCCAUUCAACACACAUCUCUCUAUUCUCAUUCCUUUUCCCAACUGCAUGUUUGCCCAUCGACUGUUCAAGGUGUCAUAGAACCUGGCCUUGAGGUCAUCAUCUGCAGCAUUGGUAGGUGCAUAGAACAGCAUUAUGAGGGGUUUCAUUCUCCCGCUAUUCGGUUCUGAAAGAAGCAGUGAUGAGGCAACAGACGAUUGGUUCCAAUGCAAUCGGAGCCUUCCGGGUCUUGUUAGUCACGACGCCUACUCCCUCUGUGUAAUUCACUCGCUCUGCUUCAUGCCUGGAGUAGAUCACGCACUGCACUGGGUUAUGUCUUUAAAGUCUUCAUUAUCUACCAAAUGCUUAGUUUUGGAGUUCAUGAUUCACCACAUUCUUUAAUUUGAUCAGUUACAGUUUAAAACAUGAUAUGAUAUCACAUGUUCAGGAUAGUGUUUUUGCAACCAAAAUGUCACUGGAUUUCUUUUCACUUAUUUUGUUCAUUCGGGUCACACACUGGUACCUUUUCCUCAAAAAUAAAUACAUUUACAACA